GAUGAAUCUGUUGGGAGGAACCAAGUUGUAUGUAAUAUGGAUCAUCUACACUUUUGCUCCGGUUUAUGGAGACAUCAUGGACAAUCCUGUUCUACAGUCAUCCUACCAUGAAGCUGCCAAUGAUGUUGAUCGAGCUAUCUAUAAAACUCUUCAAGCUAUUCAACAGAAUCGAAACCCCCAAAAUCCGGCACAGUUAUUGAGACUAUUCAGAUUUCCAUCACAAUCUAUAGUAGAUGUUUCCAGACAUGAGGAGGUCUUUGAAACAACAGUUGAGAUUAUGAAAGACCAUGAACAAGCUCCUGAUCUAACUCCAGAACUAGUUGAAGCUGUGUUAAGUCUGUCAGGUUGUGAGAAGCCCCCAAUAACAUGCGAGGAUAUGUGUUUUCAUUAUAAGUAUCGUACCGUCGAUGGCACCUGUAAUAAUUUUGAAAAUCCGACACAAGGAGCUGCCAUGACCGCUUUUUCCCGUAUGAGAGAACCGAUUUAUGAAAAUGAUUUGAAUGAGCCAGUUGGAUGGAAUAUUGGUAGGCUGUACAAUGGGUUUCCUAAACCAAGUCCGCGAGAUGUCUCCAACAAAAUUGGUUCAACAUACAUUUCCUCAGAAGAUCCUAAAUUAACUGGCCUUGUCACUCAGUUUGGACAGUUUCUAGACCAUGAUUUGGAUAUAACACCACAGAGUCCAAGUUCUGUUACAUUUAGAGAUGGUACUCCUUGUAGCGACAUAUGUGCCAACGAUCCACCGUGUUUCCCUAUUCCUGUCCCUGAUGAUGAUCCACGCAUCCACGAUGCAGAAUGUACGGAGUUUAUCCGAUCCAGUGCAGUGUGUGGAACAGGCAGUCUUCAACAUCCAAGAGAACAGACGAACGCAAUCACAUCCUAUAUUGAUGCAUCACAAGUUUAUGGAAGUAAUCAGACCGAAGCUGAAGAACUGAGAGAUUCUAAUGGUAAAGGGGGCCUGAGAGUUGGGGAUAAUGAGACAGCAACUGGACGACCACUGCUGCCCUUUGACGAUGACUCUCCAAUGGCAUGUCUGAGUGACGAUAGCAUGAAUGAAGUGCCAUGCUUUCUCGCUGGUGAUGUACGAGCCAAUGAACAAAUUGGUCUUACUGCUAUGCACACCCUCUUUCUGCGUGAACACAAUCGCAUCAGUAAUAUGUUAUCACAGAUCAAUCCACACUGGGACGAUGAACAACUAUAUCAGGAAACACGUAAACUCGUGGGUGCUACACUACAACAUAUUACAUAUGAUCACUAUUUACCAAAGAUUCUUGGUGACGUUGGUAUGGAGUCUAUUGGUGUUUACAGUCGUCAUGAUCCACGCACCAAUGCGGCUGUGAACAAUGUUUUUUCCACUGCUGCAUUUAGAUUUGGUCAUGGUACAGUGAAACCAAUUCUAGUCAGACUCAAUGCAACUUUCCAUGAAAUCCCAGACGGUCAUCUCCCACUUCAUCUAGCAUUUUUUCAACCUUGGAGAAUCGUUGAACAAGGUGGUAUAGAUCCCGUUAUCAGAGGACUCUUUGCCACAGCUGCUAAAGAUCUCCAUCCUAGCGAAAUGCUGACAGAUGAGUUGACAGAACACUUAUUUGAGCUUUCACACACAAUUGCAUUGGAUCUGAUGUCCCUUAAUAUUCAAAGAGGUCGUGACCAUGCCCUACCUGGCUAUACAGAAUGGGUUGAAUUGUGCAAUGAAGGCCGACAUAGAAUCACUGAAUUUAAACACUUAAAGAACCUAAUAUCAAGCAAUGAUUUGCGUGCAGAACUCCAAACCCUGUAUGGUCAUGUAGAUAAUAUCGAUCUGUAUAUUGGUGGCAUGGCAGAAGAUCCCAUAGAAGGCAGUGUGGUGGGUCCCACGUUCAACUGUAUACUGUCUAGGCAAUUCAAGAACACAAGAAAUGGUGAUAGGUUUUGGUAUGAGAAACCUGGAUACUUCUUAGAGGCACAACUAGCUGAGAUAAAGAAAACUUCACUUGCCCGCAUAAUAUGUGAUAAUACAGACAUAGAUCAAGUUCAGCGUGACGUCUUUUUAAUCCCAGAUGUUAGUGGUGGAUUAGUUACGUGUAACGACAUUGAGGGUAUCGAUCUAUCAGCAUGGACCCAUCAACAUGAUAACACCCCAUUAUCUAUUCAAUGUCCUGAUGAUAUCACCAUUGAAGCUAAUCAUCGUCUUACCAGAGUAACAUGGCCAGAUGUCGCUGUAAAUGAUGAUUCAAGUGCCUACCCGCGUAUGAUUUGCUCACACAAAAGCGGCUCACGUUUUUCACAUGGAGUGACAACAGUGACAUGCACAGCUACUGAUGAAUCAGGAUAUUGUGCAUCCUGUAGUUUUUCUGUUAUUGUAGAGCGUCACUAGUCAAUUUCCCCAUUUCUUGCAGCUUAAGAUGAGACAACAAUGGUCAAGAUUAAAGUGGACCAGAAACGACUUUGAAAAUAUUGGCUGUAUAAACAUAGUCGGGGAGGGGGUAGAGAAUGGGAGCGUGGGUGGUAUAGCAAUUUUGUGGGAUAAGCAUGAUAAUUGGUAGACUACUUCAAUAUGUCUCAUAUGUUUUAAUAUAUAAGUACAUUCAUUGAGACAAAGUGUGUUGUUUCUUAGUUGUUAUUUAUUUUAAUGUCGUUAUUAAAAUUAAGUUUCUAU